UCUACUGGGAUCAAUAGAACUUUGCCCGAACCCAAACAAAGUCUUUCUUUCUGCUAAAAGAUUCCCAAAACCAAUUCAAAAUUAAUCAAAAAAAAAAAAAAACUUAGCGUUUCUCACCUGCGAGUGGCCAUGGCGAUGGUUGUAGAUUACCAACACGACUCGUCGUUUCCGUACUGGACCUCGAAUCGUCGUCGUUUUGAUCCCGACUCUCCCUUCUUCUCUUCUGGUAACAUCGAGAGAGAACUUCUUGCCAAACAGGUGGCCUUGGAUUUAACUGAAGAUGAAAGGAAUCAACUUGAGAAGAUAGUAGAUAAUGAUGCCAGGGAUGUCUUUUGUCCUAUUGUUGGUUGCGGUGCUCGCCUGACUUGUUUGGAGCACUUUGAAGAUCAUUAUAAUGCACGGCACACGGCUUCUUGUUCUGUGUGCUCUAGAGUUUACCCGACAUCUCGCUUACUAAGUAUACAUGUGUCUGAAGCACAUGAUUCCUUCUUUCAAGCUAAAGUUGCUCGUGGCUAUGCUGUGUAUGAAUGCCUUGUGGAAGGUUGUGGUUUGAAGUUCAAGAGCUACAAAGGUCGGCAACAACAUCUGGUGGACAAGCAUAAAUUCCCAACUUCAUUUGAGUUCUUUAAGAAAGCGCAUCCAUCAAAGAAACAGAGGCAGAAGAACCAACGGAAACAAGCAAUGCAUAAGAAGGACGAAGAAGCUUCAAGUAAGAUGGAAGUAGAAAACGAAACGAUGGAAGGCCUUGUUUCAGCAGUCUCUAAAUUAAGCACUUCAGACUCCUCUCCUUUGAAUAUUAGCUUUGGUCGCCGUAAUACUCGUGGCCUUACAUUUGUUCCCCGAUCUGUCCAGCGUGAGAAAAGAACCGGCUCCACAGCAGCUGGAGCACAGAGAUAGAUCUCCCAUGUUCUUUCUACAUUAAGAUUCUUUUCAAUGACUUCUGCAACCGAGAAAGUACUUAACAGUUUCGAGAAGGAAUGGAGGAUGUUCAAUACAGUGGAUGAUUCAUCUGAUUUACAUCUGAUUGGUUGAAAGGCACAUUUUUGGAAAUUCAAGUUUUCUAGUUGAUCAUAAAGGUUUGAUGUUCAUUUGUAUGGCAUUGUCAUAUAUGCAGAAUCUAGGAUCUCUUGUAAUUUCAUACAUUAAAUUUCAACCCAUGUUUGAA